AGGCAAGUGGAGACGAGUGUGCGCAGUAAGAUCCUGUACCUCAUCCAGGCCUGGGCUCACGCCUUCCGCAACGAGCCCAAGUACAAGGUGGUGCAGGACACCUACCAGAUCAUGAAGGUUGAAGGCCACGUGUUCCCGGAGUUCAAGGAGAGCGAUGCCAUGUUCGCUGCAGAGAGGGCCCCAGACUGGGUCGAUGCUGAGGAGUGCCACAGGUGUCGGGUGCAGUUCGGCGUCGUGACGAGGAAGCAUCACUGCAGGGCCUGUGGGCAGAUCUUCUGUGGCAAAUGUUCCUCCAAGUACUCCACCAUCCCCAAGUUUGGGAUUGAGAAGGAAGUGAGAGUCUGCGAGCCCUGUUAUGAGCACCUCAACAAGAAAGCUGAGGGGAAAGCUGCUGCCACCUCUGAACUGCCCCCUGAGUACCUGACCAGCCCCCUCUCACAGCAGUCUCAGCUGCCUCCAAAGCGUGACGAGACAGCUCUGCAAGAGGAGGAAGAGCUCCAGCUGGCUAUUGCCUUGUCUCAGUCGGAGGCCGAGGAGAAGGAGAGAAUGAGGCAGAAAACAACCUACUCCAUGUACCCAAAGGCUGAGCCAACGCCCGUCACGUCAUCGGCUCCCCCGGCCAGCACGCUCUACUCGCCACCCGUGAAUUCCUCUGCUCCCUUGGCUGAGGACAUCGACCCGGAGCUGGCUCGCUACCUGAACCGCAACUACUGGGAGAAGAAACAGGAGGAGGCUCGCAAGAGCCCCCCGCCCCCGGCACCCCUGUCCCUG